UGAGCUCUGCCCUCUGCCCCUCCUUGCCCUGCCAAGUGCGUCGCUUUGCAAAGCUUUUGUGCUUUGGUUGGUUAGUUUAGUUACUGUUCAUGAUAACAGUUUGGAAGGAUACUGUUUUUAUCGGUUUUUACUCAACCUCAGGAUAUAAUUUAGCUCGCGAGACUGUUUCAGUUGAGGCCGAGGCAGGGUUAUCUGUUGUUUCGUAAAUUUAGACCUGCUGCCAAUCCACUCCGCGUUCGAGGGAAAUCUGAAGACGCAAUGCCUUCUCAACCAAAACGUGCUCGAAGAGACAAGGCGAUAGAUUGUCCACAUCUCAAUAAUGAACCGGAGAAACUGACGCUGCUGUCGCUGCCGGAUCUGCCCCUGUUGCGGGUGCUCUCCUUCCUACCGAUGACGGACCUGGCCGCCGCGGGGACGGCGUGCUGCCGACUGGGCGCGCUGGCCAGAGCGCACUGGACUCUGUGGCGGGGAAAGGAGCUUGCCCCCCGCGUACCCGGCGUACCCGCCCGGGGUCUCUGGGACCUGCUGCGAGUCGCGCCGCGUGUGGACAAGUUGUCUUGUGAUGAUGUGAAUUGUGAUGCGUAUGCACGGUGCUUUGAAAGCUAUGAGAGUGAACGUUCGGCGGCGAUCGUCUCCACCUUGGAGGUGCGCACCAGCGAGAAUGUAUUGUUAGCCUGUCUUAUACGGGAGUUCACCCCGCGGGUGAAACAACUAUCUUACUCCGGGCCUGAUCUAAACAUGCUCUACUUCAACCUGCAGUACGCCACGCGCAUAGAGUUGUUGUGCAUAGAUUGUGAGGGUGAUAGCCCGGAGCUAAGAGGAAGGCCUUGUUGGCCGCAGGAUGUGGUGUUGCCGAGACUGCACACCGUUAUUUUUGAACUGAACCAUGACGACAUCCAGUCCACACUCGAUGCUUUCGGCUCGCUGCUGCAGGCACACAGAGGACAGCUGCGGUCUGUGUGGCUGGGCGGUUCAGAAAUGCUCCCGCUGUUGGACGUGUUGGACGCACGUCCCGGCAACGGCAACCUCCAGCGUUUGAAGUUGGAAACAGGCGAAGGCGCGGCUGAGCGCGUGCGGCGGUUCCAACCGCACCUGAAGGAGCUCAUUGUUCACUGCGACGAACGCAUUGCAGAGAUGGCCAGAUUGUUUAAGUCCUGGUCGGGCCCACUCGAACGCCUUGAACUGCAGGGUGCCACCCUAAGAAUGCUGCGUGUCCUCGGGGAGGGCAGACUUGCCGGCCUCCGGCACCUCACUCUGGGGGACAUCUCCUCCAAGGCUGACCUGCAGAGGACGCUCGCAGGCCUGCCCCGGUUGCACUCGCUCACCCUUCACCGUUGCCAUGGUAGAAAGUCACUCGAAAUGCUCUGUAACAUGGCUCCCACCACCAUCCCCGCUCUUGAGCUACUUAUUUUUAAGAACUUCCAAGAAGAACGCUGUUCUAAAAUUAAAGAAGUCUGUCCGAGAGUCGCGGAGCUGGUCCCAGCGGUCAAGAGCCUGGUGGGGCGAGCGCCCCGGUCGCUGCACUGUGUCUUGCUACCGUAUUGCGCCGGUGUCGACAACUACUGGCCCGAGCAGCAUGAACGCUAUUGCACUAUUCUCUACAGACACUCCACCGUGGCCGAGGCCGAAUGUCCGCUGUGCGCCGAGGCUGUUUCCACCAUCCGCUCGGUAAAUUACCUCCGCGAAAUAAAGGUCACAACAAUGACACGUAUUCAAGUUUGAUUGAUUAGCAUGAAACUGAAAUAAAAUUAUUAUUUCAAAGAGCACGGCUCUUAA